GAAAUCCAUUUCCUGCAUAUACCGAAUCUACUCCUUUAAUUAUUUUUUUUCCAGAGUGAGAGUGAGUGGGAUCCAUUUCGAUUUCAAUUUUGACACACAUUCUUUAAAAUCUGGUUGAAAGUCAGAGGUUUCAGUUGUCCAUUGAUAAUCAAUCGAUUCAUUUGAUAGUAUAGUUGACCAUGGAUCUUUUAAAGGACGCCGCUAAGAACAUCAGUCUUUACGAUGUCAAGGCUUAUGUUCGUAAAGCACAAAAUGUUGCUAUGAACUUGACUGAAAUGGAAUCAAAAGUCCGUGAAGCCACCAAUAACGAACCAUGGGGUUCUCCAUCUACAUUGAUGGCUCAAAUCGCUGCUGGUACUUAUAAUUAUAGAGAAAGAGAAGAAAUUAUAGGAUUUGUAUUCCGUCGUUUUACUGAAAAAGCAGCCAAUGAAUGGAGACAAAUCUAUAAGGCCUUACAAUUAUUAGAUUAUUUACUUAAGAAUGGUUCUGAAAGAUUAAUUGAUGAUGUCAGAGCCAAUUUAUCCUUAAUUCAAAUGUUAAAAUCAUUCCAUUAUAUUGAUUCAAAAGGUAGAGAUCAAGGUAUUAAUGUUAGAAAUAAAGCUAAGAAUUUAAUUGCAUUUUUAAAUGAUGAUGCUUUGAUAAGAUCUGAAAGAAAGAAAGCAAGAGCCAAUGCCAAGAAGUUUGGUGGUGUUUCAUCUGCUGCAUUCGGAGGUGCUUCUUCAAUUACUACUGGUGGUUAUGAUGAUGAAGGUGAUUUUACUAAUAGAGUUUAUGGGGAUGGUGGUGUUUAUGGUGAAAGAUUCGAUGAUCCUGCUGCUGCUUAUAAGAACGGUCAAACUGGUAAUGAAAAUUAUGAAGAAUAUGAUGUUGCUGCUGCUUCAUCUUCAAGUUCAUCUAAACCAACUACUGCUCUGAGUAAAGUUACUGCUAGUGCUACCAAAAAACCAAGUGCUCCAGAACCUGAUUUAUUAGGUGAUUUAGACUUUGGUGGUUCUUCACAACCUUCAGGUGGUAAUGGACACUCUACUGCUCAAUUUGAUGAUGAUGAUGACGAUGAUGAUUUUGAUGAUUUCCAAGCUGCGCCAUCUUUACCUCAAUCACAACAACCAGUUCAACAUCAACAACAACAGCAAUUCUCUAACGCCAACUUUUUCCAAAGUCAACCAGCACAAAAUCCUAUAUUAGCAUAUCAAAACGCCAUUCCACAACAACAACAAUCUCAACUGAGAGUUCCAUCUUACGGCUCUGGUGCUCCAAAUUAUAAUGUAAACUCAUCUAUAACUACUGGUCCAGCAGCACCACAACCAAAAAAUGAUGCAUUUUCAUCAUUAUUCUCUUCUGCAAAAACCAAAACCAAAACUACUCCUACCAAUACAUAUACUCCUGCUAAGCCAACUGCUGCUGCUCCUAUAGACGAUGACUUUUUCGGUGGUUUUAGUGCCAACAAUAAUAACAACAAUAAUAAUAAUGGUGGUAGUAAAAGUACCAAUACUAAUCAACAAGGUAACUCUUCAAACAACGGUGAAGUUGAUUUGUUAAGUUUCUAAAUGCGUUCUCUAUAUAUAUCGAUACUAGCUUCUGUUCUUCUUCUUGUCAUAUCUAUUCUACAAAACUUGAUAUACUAUUUUUUAUAUGUUUUUUUAAUUUGAAAUCUACGACACAAAUAAAUU